UCGCUAUCUGCCAGGGGCGAAAUCUAUCUUAAACUAUCGGUAAAACAACUGCGGGUUGUGACACGACGAUUAAGCUCAUUGUGUCCUAAAUGGGGGCAAAAAACGCGAGAACAAAAGACGAAAAAGCGCCACUGUUUGCGAACAGGGCUUACGGAGCGAAACCGGAAGUACAUGCAGGAUUGUCCUCUCGCACCCGCUCAGUCCUCUGCGCUGUCGUCCGAGAAUGGCCGCUGCUGCAGCAGGAAUAAACAAGCAGGGCGCCGUAGCGACGAUGGAGCCCUGUAUCCGACACGGGAGGGGAGCUAACGGAGGCACGGUUAAGGUGCUGGAGUGCGGUGUGUGUGAGGACGUCUUCUCUCUGCAAGGGGACAAGGUCCCUCGUCUCUUGCUCUGCGGUCACACAGUGUGCCACGACUGUCUAACCCGGUUGCCCCUACACGGUCGAGCAGUCCGCUGCCCCUUCGACAGACAGGUCACUGAGCUGGGGGACUCUGGAGUUUGGGGUCUGAAGAAGAACUUUGCUCUGCUUGAACUCUUGGAGCGACUCCAGAAUGGAGCUACCAACCAGUCGGGAAUGGCGGAGGACGCCCUGAAAGGGAUGGGAGAAUGUAUCAUCCGCUGUGACGAGGACGAGAGCCACACAGCCUCUAUGUACUGCACGGUGUGUGCCACCCACCUGUGUGCCGAGUGCUCCCAGCUCACCCACUCCACCCGCACACUGGCCAAACACCGCCGGGUGCCGCUGGCGGACAAGCCCCACGAGAAGACCCUGUGCCCGCAGCAUCAGGUCCACGCCAUUGAGUUCGUCUGCCUGGAGGAGGCCUGUCAGUCCGGACCGCUCAUGUGCUGCGUGUGCAAGGAGUACGGCAAGCACCAGGGACACAAGCAUGCUGUUCUCGAGACCGAAGCUAAUCAGAUCCGUGCGUCCAUUCUGGACAUGGCCCACUGCAUCCGCACCUUCACGGACGAAGUGUCCGAGUACUCGAGGAAGCUGGUGGGCAUCGUGCAGCAGAUAGAAGGCGGAGAGCAGAUAGUAGAGGACGGAGUUGGAAUGGCACACACUGAACACGUCCCCGGCACAGCAGAGAGCGCACGUUCCUGUGUCCGAGCUUACUUUGCAGACCUCCACGAGACUCUGUGUCGGCAGGAGGAGAUGGCGCUGAGCGUGGUGGACGCUCACGUCAGGGAGAGGCUGAUCUGGCUGAGGCAGCAGCAGGAGGACAUGACCAUCCUGCUGUCUCAGGUCUCCACCGCCUGUCUGCACUGUGAGAAAACACUUCAGCAGGAUGACUGCAGAGUCGUUCUGGCGAAGCAGGAGAUCAACUGUUUGCUGGAGACGCUUCAGAAGCAGCAGCACCAGUUCACAGAGCUGGCAGAUCACAUUCAGCUGGAUGCUGGCAUCCCCGUCACCUUCACUAAGGACAACCGGGUUCACAUCGGUCCAAAGAUGGAGAUCCGUGUAGUAACUCUCGGGCUCGAUGGAGCCGGAAAAACCACCAUCCUCUUCAAGCUGAAACAAGAUGAGUUCAUGCAACCCAUCCCCACCAUCGGUUUCAAUGUGGAGACAGUUGAAUAUAAGAACUUGAAAUUCACUAUCUGGGACGUGGGUGGCAAACACAAGCUCAGACCCCUGUGGAAACACUAUUAUCUGAACACUCAAGCGGUGGUGUUUGUGAUUGACAGCUGCCACAGGGACAGACUGAUGGAGGCUCACAGUGAGCUGGCCAAACUACUGACGAUGUUCCCGGCGCCGUGUCCGUGGAGGAGAUGACGGAGCUGCUGAGCCUUCACAAGCUGUGCUGUGGGAGGAGCUGGCACAUUCAGGGCUGCGACGCCCGCAGCGGGAUGGGCCUCCACGAGGGGCUGGAUUGGCUCUCCAGACAGCUGGUGGCUGCUGGUGUCCUGGACGUUGCCUAAAUGUCACCUCCCUCUAUAUCGCUAUUCUGGUCUCACUCUCUCCCUUAGUGACUGACCCCAACCCCCCCCACCACUUCCAAACACUAACUUUUAAGACGAGACUGCAGCUUUAAGCCUGCCCUCUUCAUCUUUCCUUCUUUGCGCACCAUUGUUGGCAAAGAAAACAAAGAUGUAAAUACUUUCUCUAGCUUCACUGAAACAUGGAAACUACAAAACUUUAAGGUCUGUGCAACCGGUUACACCCACCCUCUGAGAAAUAAACACACCAGCCACAAAAAAAAAAAAAACUCCUAUCCUGCUUCAGUUCUAAGGCAGCUUUCAAGGUCUAACACAUGGCUUACUUUAGUUUUACUCUGUUCUAACCUUUUUCAAGAGACGCGCUCUUUAUCUGGCAUCCAUAGCUAGUCGACUUUGGUCCAGUAAAAUGUUAAAAAUGCUCCUUGUGCCCUGCCAGAGUGGACUCUAUCUGUAUUUUCUAUCUCACAUCAUAACCACCACCGUAUGUAACAGUAACCUUAACUAAACGCAAAGUAGUCUGUAUCGUAAUGAUAGUAUAAUUUACGUACCUUUUUGUUGACAACGCAUCCGAUAACCCUGAGAAAUAACUACAGUUCAGUGUAUCCGCAGGCGAGAUGGGACAGAAACGUCCACUCUGGUGUGAACAAGCCCAGAGGACUUCCAGUGGCUUCAGACUGAUGGUCAAAUGUUCCGAUUUUGGCUGUUUUGUUUUCUCACUUUGCCUUGACAUCUAACGUAAGCAAUAGCAGUCGAUGUUUCAUGGGAUCUUUAAAUUAUGUGUACAAGUUUCUUUUUUUAAGUGUACCGUAUGAACCUAUUUAAUGCCACAGCUGGUCUUGAAAUGGCGAACCAGUAGACUUUUGGUUUGAAUGUAGUGGUUUUCUGUUACACAACUGUUUACUGAACUUAUUUAAUGAGCGAGAACGUGGACGUUACUUUUGGGGCUUUUUUCGUGAGAGAUUCAGAGUCUUUACGCACCGAUUCUGCCUCCGUUUUGUGGAGUGUCCUGCACGCAGAAUUUGUGGAAUGCACUUGUUUGCCGCCUCACUACCAGUUUUCACUUGGAAGCAAAUUAACUAUCUGCUGUUUCUUAGUAGACUCUGAAUAUUAAUCUCACCGCAAAAAACAAAAUGUCUUGUGAAAAUAUUCCUAUUUAAACAUCUCACAAGUCCUGUUUAUCUGUCCGGAGUGCAGGUACACCUUUAAUCUACAGCCUUCAGUAAUAAUGUAAUGUGAAACUUAGUGAAGCAUUAAACCUAACACUGACACUUAUCUUGUUAUUAAGGAACCAUCGUUUCACUUUGAUUUAAUCUUUAUUCAUUGCUAUGUAAUGUUUACUACUUGUAUCUAUGUAUAAAAAUGCAAAUUUAAAAAAAAAAAAAUGCACGUGUGAAAAGCCUUUCCACAUAGUUUGUGAAAACAUUUCCAUUUGUUUUUGAACCGUAGAAGCACAAUGCGCGUCGAAACCUUUGUUACCAGUGGACUUGAUAAUGGCUUUUGUAAAUUAUUCAUAAUGUGAUGCUGUAAAAUAAACUAAUUGACCUUA